GUGCUUAAACGUCUGGACGAAAAUCGCGUGGCUCAGGGAGGUUGGUAUCCUCGCUCCAUCGGUCUCGCCAUCUUUUCAUAUACGGUCCUCGCCGCUGGUCCCGCCCUGCUCGCUGGCCUAGAACCACCUUGCAAGUGCUGUAAGCCGCUGAUCACCGGUGACCUGCCGGAAAAUUCUCUACUGCCAACUCUUCAGUUGUUGGAACAGGGCUGCAAUCUGAACCAACCGCUGACUACCAAGGGUAGUGGCGAUGAGAAAGUGCACCCAAUGUCCAUUGCGUCGGAAGCUGAACUACAUCUUCGCGGUCUUCUCCUCCUGGUCAGACUCACUGAACACGCACGCGUCAGGGUGAGCGAUCACCGGACCUUGUCCGCUCUUUUCACCUUAACGAUGCAGUCAAACAUUUUCCUAAUUAGUUGUUUUGCUACCUUUUAA